UCUGAGCAGUGUUUUUGAUAAAGACUGUGAAAAGCCCUUGUUGACUUGCGAUAAGAGGAAACACUGGGUAGAAGUCACAAGGAACUCAAGCUAGACGGAGGCAGCACCUGGUUCUUCACGCUUCAGAUAUCCCAGCAGGAUGAUACCACCUUUUCUUAGGACUUUCGUACUUUUGGGGAGUUUUAUAGGAGUCGUCCACUGCGUGCAGGUGACGGUACCGAAGUCUGUAGUAAAUGUGACGGUGGGGCAGAGUGCCACCCUCCCCUGUACGUACACUCUUGCUGACCCCAACACUCGCAAUCUUGUUGUACAAUGGGAUUUUGUAGAAGCUCACUCGCAGAAGACUGUUUCUGUAUAUGCUUACCAAAAUGGGCAACCAUACUCAAUGGGAAGGUUUCAGAACAGGGUGACAUUUUCCAAUACCACUGGGAACGCUACAAUAACCAUUUCCAACAUGCAGCCGCAAGAUACUGGAGUCUACAGGUGUGAGGUGUCCAACUUUCCAGAUCCCCUCGGUGAAGGCCAAAUUCAGCUGAUUGUACAGGUGGCUCCAUCAACUCCACACUGCAGUAUUCAAGGCAACAUCGUGACGGGGCAUUCUGUAAAGCUGGUAUGUUAUUCUGAGCAGGGCAUGCCUCGCCCAGACUAUAUCUGGCAGAGAGUGACAAAUGGAAUUGUGAAACCAAUUAUUAUGGCACAGCAGAAUGGAGUCCUUACUAUUGGAAAUAUGAGUAAGUUUGAAGAUGGAUACUACCACUGCACAGCAAGCAACAGCUUAGGCAAUACCACCUGUGAACUGGAUUUACAUACCGGAGGUGCAGCAGGGGUUAUCGUUGGAGGAAUUAUCGGGGCAGUACUCUUGGCAACGAUUAUUUGUGUCGUCAUCUGGUUCCUCGUUGUGAAAAAGAAGCACAAAAAGAAGCAGUUAAAGAGCAGCGAACUAAAACCAGUGUCUUCUACAACAGGUCAGAGCGCAGCAGAGGAGCCAGCCCGCCAGAACCUUGUGGUCUCUGAGCCCCCAGAAACCAGAGAAUAUCAAGAUGUGCCUGAAAAUGUGGCAGCUGGCAAGGGUGAAGUGGAGGAUCCAGCAGUGUGAAAUGCUGUGUAGUUCUAUGAUAUACGGAUUUCUCAGUUCAGCCACAACUACGAGAUUGUAAAGGCAGCAAAUGCAGUAAUAAUAAAGAGGUUUCCCACAAAAUAAAUUUAAGGCAUAUUAGGGCACACCAUGGCCGCUAGCCAUUGCAUCCAGGCAGAGAUUGAAUGGAAAGAUGGCUACACAUGUUCUCUCCAUUGUAGUUUAUGGGAGUUUUACAAAUAGGGGAAGCUUAUCUGCCAGAUAUUUAUGGCAUAUCAUGUAAAUAUGCCAUUAAUGUCUUUUGUGGGGAAACCCCAUAUUACCUGCCUCCAAAGAGAAAUCUAUUUUUUAUAUAUUUUAUUCUUGGCUUUGUAUAUUAUUGUUUUUUUUUUUACUUGUGUUAAUCUAGAUUUACAGGAAAGGUUCAACUAUUUUCUAUUCAAAGGCAAUAAAGAAGCAUAGUAAUGGCCACAAAUUGGGGAUAUAGCAAGCAUUUUAAACAGCUGAGCAAAACACCCCCAUGUAUCCAAGAAUAUACAGUGUAUUUAAAUGUAUAGCUGUUAGUAAAGGCGUUUGGCACUGUAGGUGCUGUACAGUCGAUAUUUGAAUCCUUUGUGUUAGAAUAACCAUUUUUUAUUUACUACUCGAUUCACAUGUAAGCUUAAGGUAAUGUGGGCAGCAGCCUUGAGAAUGAUCCAUUGUGUUAAAAAAAAAAAUUAAGUUAAAAAAAUAAAAUAAAAAUGGUGGGAUAUAUAAGCUAGUUUGUUGUAGUGUGCUGGGGUGCUGUUUUUUUUUUUUUUUUUAAUAGCAAUGUUAAUAAAUGAUAUGGCCACACUUCAUCUUUGUAUUUUUGUAGAAGAUACUAUAUUUUGUCUACUCAUUGUGAGUAGAAGAGAAAUGUGGCAUAUACCGUAUUUUUCGCUUUAUAAGACGCACCUAGGUUUUAGAGAAAGGAAAAAGGAAAAAAAAAUUUUCAUAAGACCUCAGAUCAGACCUCCAAUCUCCAUCAGAACUCCCCUCAGACCCACCAAUCUUCAUCAGACCUCCCAAUUAGGGAUGAGCGAACUUCAGUUUUUGAAGUUCUAGUUUACGCUGAAUUGCGUUAUGGAUUCCGUUACCACGGAAUAUAACACAAUUCAAUGACGGAAUGCAUAACAGAAUGCCUUUAGAGCCAAUCUGUUAUGCAUUCUAUCAUAAUAGAAGUCUAUGGCCAGCAUGACGGAUCCGUCCGGUUUCCGUUAUGCAGGAGAGGACUCUCUUGUAUAAUAUAAACCGGACGGAGAUCAGUUAUGCUGCCCAUAGACUUCUAUUAUGACAGAAUCCAUUCAGCGUAAACCCGAACUUCAAAAAUUUGAAGUUUGCUCAUCCAUACUCCCAAUCAGACCUCAGAUAAGACCCCCGGUCAGACCCUCAAUGUUUAUCAGACCUCAUAUCAGACAGUAAAAUAAAACAACUUACCUCUACUGCUCUGGACGGUGAGCUCUUCCUGCACUGCUCCCUGGUCAUCUACUGGCGCUGCGCUGCACUGUGACAGCGUCGGGUCAUAGUGCACGCCUAUACAAUCCACCCGGAAGAAGACCAGGGAGCAGUAAGUACAGCCAGCACUACACUCACCGCACCUUGUGUAUACUAGUGAGCGCUUCUAUUCUGGAAAUGCUCACUAGUGGUCACUUUAUAAGACGCACUGCCAUUUCUCCCCCCACUUUUUGGGGGAAAAAGAGCAUCUUAAACAGCGAAAAAUACUGGUAAUUAAAUACUUUUUGUAGCAAUAAUAGGACACAAAGAUCCAUAAAGUGACAGCGCACAUGGCAUCUUCUAAUAAUGGUAACAUCAUUUCAUGACAUCAUGUGAAGCAUGAAAAUUGUUAUUUCUUCCAGUGUUCUAAAAAUUGCAAUAAUAUAGACGUUUUACAUGCUUUAUAUAAUACACUAGAUCACCAUUCUGUGUUUUCACCAAUGCUUUCUCUCUCUUAGAUCAUCUUUGUUAAUUUCUUCCAUUUGUAUUUGCCACUAUAGGUAAUGAUGAAUAAAUAAAAAAAAGUAAAA